AUGCCCCCCCGCAAGCCGCCCGCCGCCGUCCUCGACGCCGGUCACGCCACCACCACGACGAGUAGACAAUCGUCGGCGUCCUGCAAGAGGAGCCGCACCAGAAUCCGAAGCACCGAGGAGUACGAGGAGGAGACCCGCCUCGGCGAGGGCGGCUUCGGCUGCGUCCUCCUGGCGCGCCACCGCGACACCCGCAAGAUCGUCGCCAUCAAGUACCUCCACUGGCCGGACGGGUCCCAGCAGCCCCCCGACGCCGCCGAGCUUCUGCGGGAGGCCCGAUUCCUCGAGGCCUGCGACGGGAACCCCUACGUCGUCGGCUUCGAGGGCCUGGUGCGCGACCCCGACAACGGCGCCUUCGGCCUCGUCAUGGAGUACGUCGCCGCGCCGAGCCUCCACAAGUUCCUGCGGAACAGGCGCAGCGGCCAGCCGCUCCCGGAGUCCACCGUGCGCGCCAUCAUGUGGAAGCUCCUCACCGGUGCCAAGACGAUGCACGGCCGCCACGUCGUCCACCGCGACAUCAAGCCCGGCAACAUCCUCGUCGGCCAAGACGGGGAGCUCGUCAAAAUCUGCGACUUUGGGCUGGCGAUCUCCAUGUCCGAGCUGCCGCCGUACAACCAGGCCGGCACGCCGUUCUACGUGGCGCCCGAGGUGCUCCUGGGGAAGCGGGACUACGACGCGCUCGUGGACACGUGGUCUAUCGGCUGCGUCAUGGCCGAGAUGCUCACCGGUAAGACGCUGUUCCUCGGCGAUGAUGACGACGACGCCGCAGACAAUGAGAUCGUCCAGCUCUGGAGCAUCUUCCGCUUGCUCGGGACGCCGGACGAGAGGACGUGGCCGGAGUUCACGUCGCUGCCGCUCACCGCAAAGGCGCUGAAACUGCUACCGCGGGGGCACAAGCACGACAAGCUGCGGGAACUGUUCCCUCAAGAGAAGCUGUCCGAGCAUGGGUUCCAGGUGUUGCAAGGCCUUCUCACGUGCAACCCCAACCAGCGACUGACGGCGGCCACGGCGCUCAAGCACCGAUGGUUUGCUGCUCCUCGUACAGCCGCCGCCGCUCCAAAGGUCGAAAAGAAGGCACCAAGGACCAAGUUCAUCCCGCCGGCCAUGCCGCAGAAGAAUCUACUCAAAAUUCCACUCGCCGUGUGGAACGCAGCACAACAAGUGUAG